GCAAUAAAAGUUGAGCAGACAGUUAAGUUAUCUUCUGCAAGUUUUACACAUUCACUUAAAUAGCUUACUUCAAUAUAAUACAGUAAUUUAUUCAUUAACGAACAAGUGUUUGUCUAAUAGUCAAGUUAAUCAUGCCAAGUAAAAUCCAUUCAGUUGCUGGUCAUCAAUUUAAAGCUACUUUGCUGAUUUCACCAACUUACUGUUGCCAUUGUGAUGGAUUCAUUUUCGGUCUUGGUAAACAAGGAUAUCAAUGUAAAGGCUGUGUCCGUUUUGUACACAAAAGAUGUCACAAUGCUGUGAAAAAUCAAUGUGAAUUUGGAGAAACUAAUCAGGAUUUGCCUAAUGAGGAUCAACAAGAUGCUGGUGAAUCUCAUACAUUGAAAGUUCGCACCUACUAUUCACCAACUUUCUGUAAUCAUUGUGGUUCCCUAUUGACUGGAAUUAUCCAGCAAGGCCUCAAAUGCAAAGAUUGUGGGAAAAAUGUUCACAGAAAAUGCAGCAAAUAUUUUUCCAUGAAAUGUGAACAUAAUGCUUGAUAUUGCUGGCUACUUCAACGCUGUUUAUGUAUGGCCAAUUUGCGCUGAAAAAAACCUUUAUUCAUUGUGUCAUCAAUUGGUGUCAAACUUUUCUUUUCAAAGUAUUCAGAUAAAAAUCAGUAUCAACACAUUAUAUUGUUUAGAAAUUGAAUUAAACGAGAGUUUGCACAGCAUUAAACGAAUCUCCAUUGCAGAAUUGGAACGUAUAAUAACAAUAUUAAAUCAAUGUAAUUUUCAAAAAUUAAGCGUUUAAAUUUUCGAAAGAGAAAUGGUCCAAAUCAUUCUCCUCUUUCUUUAUUCUGUCUAUUUCCCUGUCUUAACAAAUAAAAUUUCUUAUUCUCAACAAUG